AUGAGUAUUAAACAGGCAAAUUUAAAUCCAGUUAGGAUGGAUAUAUAUAGGAGAAUGAUAAAUGGAGUGAGAUUUAAUAUGCAAGCAAAUGAACAAGAAGGUGAGUGCCGAGAUACGGAUAUAACACCUGAGGAGUUACAAAGUGAUAAUGAAGAAUAUUCAGAACAAUAUAUACUUCGUUCCCAGAGUUCACUAGCACCUCCUAUAGAAGUUUCAGUAAUUAAGGAGGUAGAAGAAGCUUGGCAUGCUUUGUCUCAAGAGUUAGACCAACCUACAGUGCGACAAGAAAUUAAAACUAUAGGAUCUGUUUAUAUAUCUCAUGAAGAAUAUGGUUCUAAAGAUUCUAUUGAAUAUCGUCUAUUCUUCAAUAAUGAAGAAGGCCAUAAGAUUUCACCAUGGCAUGACGUACCACUGUGGUUCUCUGAAAGCCCUAUAUUAUAUAAUAUGAUUGUAGAAAUACCAAAAUUGACUAACAAAAAAUUUGAAAUAAAUACAAAGGAAGCAUAUACACCAUUAUAUCAAGAUCGUAAAUUGGAGAGGUUAAGGACAUAUCCGGGUCCUAUUCCAUGGAAUUAUGGGGCUUUUCCUCAAACUUGGGAGGAUCCAGAGAAGAGUGGAGGGGAGCUAGUGGGAUUCUGUCAUGGAGAUAACGAUCCAUUAGAUGCAGUUGAAAUAGGUUUUGGACCAUUACCUAGAGGUACAGUUAUCCCUGUUAAAGUUUUAGGAUGCCUAGCUCUGAUAGAUGGCGAUGAACUGGACUGGAAAAUUAUAUGUAUUAGGGUUUGUGACCCUCAUGCCUCACGCCUCAAUAAUAUUGACGAUAUUGAGUCAUUAUUUCCAGGUACAGUGGAUAGAAUUAGACGAUGGUUUGGUUUGUAUAAAGCUGUAGAAAAUAAAGAUAUUGCGAAGAUGAAUAUGUAUGGCCAUUGUGGUGAACCUCAAUCUGCAGAGUUUGCCCAUUCCAUUGUACUUGAAACUCAUCAUGCAUACUUACGUUUAAUGGAAGGUCAGUCCAAAUCUGAGUCAUUAUGGUUACCUCCAUUGAUGAAUUGUGAUAUUAACCACUAUAAUUGCAUAUUAUCCACACAAAGUACUUCAGCAACAUGUAGCAUAGACACUACUCCUAGCAUGACUAAUAUAUUACAUGGGAAAUCAAAGCACACCGAUUUUGAAAACCCUUGUGAUGGUCUACUAUCUAGUAAUGCUAGAUCUGAACCUUUACUGUAUAAAUAA